UCCAUGUUCGUAUAUAUAUAAAAAAGACUCCGUGUAUGUAGGUGAAGUGUCCAUGUACUAAAUAUAUGAAUCGAAGCAAAACAAAACAAAACAACAGCCAAAAAAAAUGGAUGAAAAAGAUAUUCCAAGGAACUUGAGGGAAGAAGAAGAAGAAGAAGAAGAAAACCUAAGUGAAGAAACCAAAAGUUCGAUCUCUUCACUUCCUUGGGAGAUAGAUUACCUUGGGAACAAGCUGUUCAAGUACCAAGGAUAUUGGUACUACGAAGACAUUCUCCAAGCAAUCCCCAAUUUCCACAAGAGUUUUCAACCACAAGAAACCGAUAUAAUUGUUGCUGCUUUCCCCAAAUCGGGCACGACUUGGCUCAAGGCACUCACAUUUGCACUCAUUCAACGAUCAAAACAUCCCUUAGAAGAAGAUAAUCAUCCUCUGCUAUCUCAUAAUCCUCAUGAGAUAGUGCCGUACCUCGAGCUCGAUCUGUAUCUCAAAAGCUCAAAACCGGACUUGACCAAGUUCUUAUCAUCAUCAUUAUCUCCGAGAUUGUUCUCAACUCACAUGUCGUUGGAUGCGCUUAAAGCACCCUUGAAGGAGUCAUCUUGCAAGAUCGUGUACGUGUGCAGGAACGUGAAAGACGUGUUGGUGUCUCUUUGGCAUUUCCUCAAUGCCAACAAGGGAGUAGAAUGGGGAGAUUUCAGCCAAAGCGAAAAGAUCAGUGGAGUGGAUGAUCACUCUUUCGAGGCUAUGUUUGAGUCAUUCUGCAACGGAGUUACCUUAUACGGUCCCUUUGAGGACCAUGCUUUGAGCUAUUGGCAAGGCAGCUUGGAAGAUCCAAAGCAUGUUCUUUUCAUGAUGUACGAGGAGUUCAAAGCGGAGCCUCGUACUCAGGUUAAGAGACUUGCGGAGUUCUUGGAUUGUCCAUUCACUAAGGAAGAGGAAGAUAGCGGAUCUGUAGAUAAGAUCUUGGAACUUUGCUCUCUAAGUAAUCUAAGCAGUUUGGAGAUCAACAAAACUGGAACGUUAGAUGGAGUAGAUUUCAAGACUUAUUUCCGUAAAGGACAAGUUGGUGACUGGAAGAGUUAUAUGACCCCUGAAAUGGUAAACAAAAUCGAUAUGAUCAUCGAGGAGAAACUCAAAGGUUCCGGUUUGAAAUUCUAGAAUUAUGUGUGCUUUGUCAUAUAUAUUGUUACUGUGAUGUAACAUUAUAAUUGAUGUGUGUGGUUUUUGUUCUCUUUGAUAAACUGCUUUGUUCCUUUGGUUCAUCACUAAAUAACUAACUCCUAUGUCACUUCAUUUAAGACUAAUAAACUAUCAUAUUAUCACAUGCCAUAACAUGCUACUAUUGAAAAUAUGAGUUUUCUGUUAAUUUAAAAAGUUUGCGAAUAAAAUUAUUUAAAUCAAUCAUCUUACAAAGAUGUCAACGAUGCUUGUCAAGAUGAUUGAUAUAGAGUGAGCUAUGUGACUAGAAGAGCCAUUUUGGUCAUAGUUUUUUUGGAACUAUUUUGAUUGAGAGCUCAAGUACAAUAGACCAUUAAAGAUAUGAGAAGUGGACGUGUCAUGUUGCAGUUGCCAGUUGGGUUUGAGUUACCACGAAAAUCAAUGAACUAAACUCAUUAACAUAAAAACCAAACCAAUGGUUUCAACUUUCAAAGCAGGGAAACAUUAAUAGAAAGCAAAAAG